AUGAACUAUGCUAAAGUUAUCUAUCCAUAUCAAACAGGUGUCGCAGGUGAUCUAGAAUUGCAAGUCGAUGAUGUCAUCGAGGUCAUAGAACAAGUCGAUAGUAAUUGGCUACGAGGCCGUCUCAAUGCUAAAGUUGGUCUUGUACCCUGUAAAUUCGUUCAUCGAUUUCCAACAGUAAUACUUCAUGAGAAUCAGUCAUUGUAUAUCGCACAUACCGAUUAUCAAUCAACUCAUUCGGAAGAUUUACAAUUUCAUCGAGGUGAUCUUCUAGUCGUUCAUGAGCAUCUACCGAAUGGUUGGUUUCGUGGUUCGCUUCAGUUCGAUUUACCUGGAACAACCUUUCGACCAACUGGCAUCUUUCCCAGUACAUUUGUAACAUUACUCAAAGAUAGAUCGACUGAUUCUAAUCAAACAAAAGCUCAAGCAUCAUCUAGUCAACAUGAUCUUCUAUCGUUUGAUCCCAGUCCUGUCAAAUUUGUUCGAGUCAUUUGUGAUAUCAAACCGAGUGGAAUCAAUGAAUUAGGUUGUUUUGAAGACGAAAUUCUCGCUGUAAUCGAAGGCGAUUUGAAUAAAAGUGAAUGGUUGAUUGUUAAGAAUGCAUUUAACUCAAUUGGACGUGUUAAGCGAGUGUUCGUUGAAGCAAUUGAUGAGAAACAAAUUGACGAUGAGCGCAAUGAUCUCCUAAUCGUGCCAACUAUCAAAUCAAAUGCAAUCGGUCUCGAUGCACUUCAAGAACUCGUUGCUCAAGAAUUUAAUAAAUUGAAGAAGAAAGAAGCUCAUUUUGCUUCUCCAUCAUUGCCACCACCACCACCGCCUGCUGUGUAUGCUUCGUCACAAAUUGAUUACUCUCAACGAUAUCCUUAUUCAUUGAAUCCCAGUCAUGUUAAUUCAAAUAACAAUAAUAAUAUUCUCGAUGUUCAGUCAUUUUAUACAUCUCUACCUUUGCAUAGCUUUGCAGCAAAUAAUCAGUACGUUUUUUCAUCCGCUAAAACAGUUCCUAAUGUCUGCCAUACACCUUCAUCAACGUCAUCUCUAUCAUCGUUUGAUGAACCGCCACCUGUUAAGCCUCGACUUACACUUCGACCACAGCUGCCACCCCCUCCUCCUCCGCCACCAUUUGUUCCAACAUUUUCUUCAUCAAUUCCACAAUUGAGAGGUCCAACACGACCAGCGCCAAGGCCUCCUAUACAAAUCCAAACCGAACAACAGCAGAUUUCCUUUCAUGGAAUAAAUAAUCCAUUUGAUAAAACAUUCAAUCAAAUUGAAGCGAUAUCAACACAUGAUAGUUGUGAUAUCGAAACCUCAUCAACGCGAACCGACUUCUUCGAUUUAGAACUACAAAACUUACAUGAUCAAUUGUUGAUUGAUGAUCAAGUCGAUAAAACAGAUACAAAUAUUAAUUAUCGUCGUCGUCAACAUGCGAUCAGUGAAUUACUAUCAACUGAACGCGAUUAUUUUCGUGAUCUCGAUCUAUUAACCGAAACAUUUCUUAAUCCAAAUUCCAUUCUAUGUCCCGAUAGUGUAAACAAAACUCUUCUAUUUGGAAAUAUCCGUGAAAUUCACGAUAUCACACGUCGUCUUCUUAAUCUUCUUGAGUAUGAAUGUACAAAAAGUCAACAAGGUGACGAUGCACAUUGUUGUAUUGGUCAAGUCUUUAACGGCUUAAUCGACCAGUUAAAACAUGUGUACGCAGAAUAUUGUCGAAAUCAUGAAUGGGUACAUGCUUAUUUACGUAAGCAUUCGAAUGAUGAAAAACUUCAACAAUAUCUUCAAGAUGGUCUUUGCAAACUUCGUCUGCUCAAACCGAAUGUGUUUGAUGUACCUGCUCUUCUAUUACGUCCUAUUCAACGUAUUGUUCGAUAUCCAUUGAUCCUGAAUGAAUUAUUCAAAAGCACGAGUAAUGAUCAUAUGGAUUAUGUUCAAUUGAAAGAAGCGAUAUCCAAUUUGAUCACCAUGGCUAAUUUCAUCAAUGAAUACAAACGUCGAAAAGAAAUAGUUUCCAAGUAUCAACGACGUGAGAAAGAUGAAGCUCUAACCAAUAAAUUGUACAAAUUAAACAUGCAUACCAUGAGGAAGAAAUCAGCACGGAUCAGUAUGCGGUUAUCCAGUGCAUUUGGUCUAUCAGCGCACACAGUGGAUGAACGAUUCAAUUUUGAAGAACAAAGAUUUCGAGCGAUUGAUAAAUUUCUGCGAAUAUUUGUUCGUAAUGCGUAUACUUGUAUGGAGGCUCUAAAGGAAACAUUUGUUACUCAAGUGAGCGUCGCUGAAGAUUUCCAAGAAUUACUCGCAGAUAAAAUGCCCGAUCUAGCGCAACAAUUCACUCGAUCAAAACGUGCAUUACUCGAAAGUGCAUUUACGGAAUUUUGUACACAUAUGGAAUCAUGUGUAGCAAAUCCUAUCAAUACACUGAUAAAACUUUUUGUUUUACCAUCGAAUUUAAUCUCGAAAAGACAUGAUAAAUUAUUAGAUUACGAUAGUGCACAGUCAGCCUAUGAUAAAAACAAAGAUCAACAGUCACGACAAGCCAAACAAGUUCUCGAUAUGGCGAAAAAGACCUAUGAAGCACUAAACAGUCAAUUACUAGAAGAACUGCCUGUUCUAUACGAGCACAGUUGUCAAAUUUUAUGCAUAUGUUUGAAAGCAUUCAUUGUCGGACAUCUUCGUCUGAUGCAACACAUGAAAACAAAUAUCCAUCAGGUGUUGAAACUAACAAAUUCACCAGCGAACCCGGGGCAAUUAAGUUGGUUACAGAUAGUUGAAAGAUUCACUUCGAAGAAUAGUUCUACUGCUGAACAAUUGUUCCAAUUAACAAUCACAGCGAAGAAUUUUGCGGAUAAGUUGAAACAUUUCUCGGCUGCUCGCAUUUCUUCUCUAAUGAGUAAUGUUUAUAAUGGUGACAAGGAUGCGCUCAUGCAAACAGAUGAAAAUCGACGUUUAUUAAGAAAUAAUUAUGCGGAAAGAGAUCUUUUCACUGUCAUACGAAAUUAUCCAAAUCCAACAAAUAAUCGAACGACGGAGAUUAGCGUUCGAACUGGCGAUCUAGUUGCUGUAAUCAAUCAAAAUUAUACCAAUUCCGGAGAUCCAAUAGACAUACACUGGCUUGUCGAUAACGGAGUGAUCCGUGGUUUAUUACCUCGCUCAAUUCUAAUACCACUAUCAUCCAGUGAUCGAUCAGGAUUUCUCUCGCAUACACCACCAACUCCCCUUCGACAUGAUAUAAUACCCACGCGAGCAUCUCUACCUUCAGCUCAUAUAAAUUCAGCCUUUAGUUAUGAACAUUCCAAUCGUGCAUUAACGCGAGCCAAUACCGAGCCUCAAACAUGCUUAACAAAUUCUGCUCACGGUUUGGAAACUGAACGAAUCUAUUUAAAUCAAAUCACUGAAUCUCAUCAAUAUGCUUCGAUUGAUCUUGAUGAAUCCAUUACAUCCGAGUCGAAUGAAAAUGAACGGAUUUACAUCGCUAUGUAUGAUUUCGAAUGUACCAACGAUGGUGUCCUUUCUUUGCAUGCGGGUGAACGAUUGAAAAUUUUACGUCGUUUGGACGAUGGUGGCAAUGAAGACUGGUGGUAUGCAGAGAAAAUCAAUGAUAUCACACAACGGGGCUAUGUUCCUGCCAAUUAUAUUCAAGUAGCUUGA